GAAUUGACCAUUCCAUUCCUGCCUCCAACUUGUUAGAUCGACCCACUCUGUGGAAUACGGGCCUCGUUGCGCACCCUAUCGCCCUAUCGCCCUCUCUGGCUCUCUCACUCCCUGUCGGACCGUUGUACUAUGAACACUAGGAGUAGCUCUCGAUCUAUCUUUAGUGUUCUUAGUGUCCUUGCCAUGCCCUGCCCACGACUAGUCGGUGUGUCGUGCAGUUGCUCCUGCAUGGCUGCCAGUCACCUGAGUCUGGGGUUGUCGGUGUCUUCUUCUUUUGCUGCUGCUUCUGCUUCUUGCCUCCCAGCAGUACGGAGUACUCGAGUCAUCAUUAUUCAUUCAUGUGGCUCGUAAAUUAUCAAGCUAUCUCUGAUAGGAGUAGUAGUAACACUUGUCGAUCGAAUUGCCCAUGCACAAGCAAUUUCACGGUGACCCCACCCCCCUCC